UGUUAUUACUCCUACCUAUAUAAUAUCCAACAAACUUGGCCCAAAGAAGGAAAAAAAAACCCAAUAUAUUUCUCUCUUCCAUAUAGUAUAUUUUUGUAUGCAAAACUCCAUUGAUGGUUUGUUUUUGCUUUCUGGUGGAUCAAAAGAGGAUGGUGCGGCGGAGUAAGCCGGUGGCUGGCUCGUGUUCGCGGUGUGGACACGGUGCUAAAGUGGCUGAGAUGUAUACAUCAACUAGGUUUUGUUAUAUUCCAUUUUAUACCAAGUCUUGGAAGGCAAUUGUUUGUAGUUUUUGUGGUGUCAUUCUCAAAUACUACACAUAAACUCAUAACAAUAGAUGAAGGGUGAUUAGUUAUAUUCCCUUUUUCUCAAGGCCGCGAAGGUGAACUAGAUCGAUGAAGGAUGAUUAAUUGAACACCUUCUGCUAGAAAAGAAGUUAGUGUAUAUCAUGUAUAUAGGUAAAUUAUUAGUCAUUGGUAGAGUUUGUGAGUUAUAUAUAUCCAAUAGGAUAGCUAAGUUGAAUAUAACGUGAAGUCAUAUCAAUUUAUCAUGAUUUGCAUGCUAAUAUUUAGAAAUGUAUUUUUCCUCUUUUUUGUUUGUACCUUUGAAAUCAUGACGAUCCGCUAUGAUUUUUUGAGUAAUAUGAUAAGAUAUGAGCUAUAGCGUAAA